AUUUGAGAGUUUUGGACGACAUUCAAGCGGCUAAUCGCUAAUCCCAUACUAAUAUGCUAUACGUGCGGAACGACACUUAACAUGUUUGCACUGUUUGGUUACAUCACAUUCCUAUCCAAAUACCUGGAGUCCGAGUAUAAAAAGUCGGCCUCAACUGCUAACCUAUUCUCAGGUAUAAUAGGUGUAGCGCCGGCAGCACUGGGCAUAUUCAUAGGCGGUAUACUAAUACGACUGUUCAAACCGGGGCCCAAAGCCCUGACAUCACUGAUAGCUAGUGUUGAGAUAUUUGGCUUAAUUGGUAUCAUAUCAGCCAUGUUUAUGGGAUGCCCGGCCACUCUACUGCACGGGAAACUAUUUAAUGGACAAUUUGAUUUGCAAAGCACUUGUAAUACUGACUGCAAGUGUACGACAAGAGUAUAUCAGCCCAUAUGCGGGUCGGACGGCAUAACCAACUAUUUCUCGCCCUGUUAUGCCGGCUGUAAAGCGCCGGCAUUUGGACAGUUAGAGUGGACAGUAGGGCUACUAUGGGCUACUGUUCCACCCAAUGUCCUACUUUUACAUCGUUCGCAACGCUAUUAA